AUGGCGACGGAAGAGGAGCAGGUCAAAUUGGCGCAGAACAAGCGACCCCAUUCCGAAGUGGAAGCCGACGAGGACGGAAGCGAAUCAUCGGACGAUGACUUCGGUCCGGCCCUGCCCUCCGCUGAUGCGCCCAAGAAGAAGCGCCGGAAGCUUCCCUUCGAAAAGGUCUACGUCAAUGCGCUCCCAGCGUCGCCCCGUUACUCCAAAUCGCUCAUGCACAAGGAUCAACUGUCCUUUGCGACAGUGACGCCGCAUACCGACUUCCUGAUUACAUCGUCAAUCGAUGGAGUAGUGAAGUUUUGGAAGAAGAUGGCUGUCGGGGUUGAGUUUGUCAAGGAGUUCCGCGCCCAUGCCACCGAGAUCAAGAGCGUGAGUGUGAGCGCCGACGGCCGAAGCUUUGCGACAACCGGAGCAGACAAGACGGUCAAGAUCUUCGAUGUGAUCACUUUCGAUUUACUUGCUAUGCUAACUCUCGACUUCGAACCCCGGUGCAUCUGCUGGGUACACCCCCGCGGCGCAUCUCUACCACUCCUCGCCGUUACCGACGAUGGCAGCAGCACAAUCCAGAUAUACGAUGGCCGCGGCGAGAACCCAUCUCCCCUCCACACCCUCAAGGCUAUGCACCGCAAUCCGGUCUCCGCCAUCGCCUUCAAUGAUGCCUACAACUGCGUGAUAUCCGCCGACUCGUCCGGCAUGAUCGAAUACUGGCGCGCCUCAGACAGCACCUUCGAGAAACCCGACAACGUCUUCGAGCUCAAAUCCUCCACGAACCUAUUCGAAUUCAAAAAAGCCAAAUCUACCCCAUCCUCUAUAACAAUCUCCCCCUCCGGUAAACAGUUCGCAACAAUCUCCUUCCCCGACCGCCAAAUCCGCGUCUUCGACUUCGCCUCCGGCAAGCUCUACCGCAAAUACGAUGAAUCUCUCUCCACAAUCACAGACAUGCAGCAAGCCGGAACAGCCCUACAUACCCUGGACGCCGUCGAGUUCGGCCGCCGCCUCGCGGUAGAGCGCGAGCUCGAGAACCCCGUCACAGCGCCAAAGGCAAACGUCAUCUUUGACGAGUCCAACCAUUUCAUCCUCUACGGCUCGCUCUACGGCGUUAAAUGCAUCAACACCUACACGAACCGCGUCGUCCGCGUUUACGCGAAAGACGAACCCUUCCGCCCCCUGAACCUCGCAAUGUACCAAGGCCAGCCCUCAAAGAAGGGCGUCGUGACAGUGUCAAUGGCCGCGAGCGCAAACCCACUCCUAGCAGAGGCCGAAGAGCGUGAUCCAAUCUUGGUAACAACCGGCUUCGCAAAACUCCGCUUCUACCUCUUCACAAACGACACCGAAAUCUCCAAGUCCACACGCGACGUCCACAACGAGAAACCCCGCGACGCAGCAUCAGCAGCCGCAACAGCCGCAACCCAGAAAUCUGCUGAACUCGGAACAUCAGCCAUCCUCCACACCACAAUGGGCGACAUCCACCUGCGCCUCUUCCCCAGUGCAGCCCCCAAAGCCGUCGAGAACUUCACGACACACGCCAAGAACGGCUACUAUAACAACACGAUCUUCCACCGCGUGAUUCGCAAGUUCAUGAUUCAGGGUGGUGACCCGCUGGGCGACGGAACAGGCGGCGAGUCGAUCUGGGGCGGGGAGUUCGAGGAUGAAUUCUCGUCUCUCAAGCACGACAAGGCUUAUACAUUGUCCAUGGCGAAUGCGGGACCGAAUACGAACGGCUCCCAAUUCUUCAUUACGACGGAGAAGACGCCGUGGUUGGAUGGGAAACAUACGGUUUUUGGCAGGGCCGUGCAGGGACUCGAUGUUGUGCAUAAGAUUGAGAACGUUAAGACGGUCAAGGAGAAGCCGGAGGUUGACGUGAAGAUUGUUAGUAUUUCUGUCUCAUGA